AUGAUGGCGCGCGCUUGGAAUAGGAUACGGGGCAGUCGCUCGCAGGACUACACAUACCUCCCGCUGAGCGAAAAGGAGCCGCUUUCGCCCAUCAAAUCCAGACAGCAUUGGCCAUCAAGAACGAGUCGGACUACUCUUGCAAUGCAGGUCAUGGGGAGUCUCCUCGGGAUAUAUGGCCUCAUCAGCCUUGUGGCCGCCCUGUCGCGCAACGAGACUUGCGACACCAUCGACCAUGGCUACCGCUGCAGCCCGGAAACCACACAGUUCUGGGGCCAGUACUCGCUCUGGUACUCUGUUCCUUCCGACAUCGAUGUCGCGCCCCCGAAAGGAUGUGAGGUCACCUUUGCGAACGUCCUCUCCCGGCAUGGCGGCCGCGACCCGACCUUUGGCAAAUCCAUAGCCUACGCCCUGUUGAUCGCCGAAAUUCAGAAUACCAGCACAGCCUAUCCAGACAAUUUCAAGUUCUUGAAGGACUACAAAUACACAUUGGGCGCGGAUAAGUUGACGGAUGCUGGGAGGCAAGAGAUGAUCAAUUCAGGCGCCCACUUUUACCGCCGAUAUGAGAAGUUGGUCAAGAAGAACGUGCCAUUUGUGCGCGCUGGAGGACAGGACCGCGUAGUCGAGUCGGGUGAAAAGUGGCUUGAGGGCGUCGCGCUGUCGCUGAAGAAAGAGCCUGAAAAGAUCGACGUGAUCAUUCCCGAAGGCCCAGCCUGGAAUAACACGCUCUCGCACGACAUUUGCCCUGCAUUUGAAAGCGGACCUAGUCAUGACCUCGGUGACAGAGCGCAGCAGGUAUGGGCCACACACUUUGUUCCAGCGAUCCAGGACCGCGUCAACUCGGCGCUGGGCACCAACCUUAGCGCCACGUCCAUAGUAUACUUGAUGGACAUGUGUCCCUUCGACACCCUUGCGCAUCCGACCGCCAAGAUGUCAGACUUCUGCCUUCUGUUCACUGAGAAGGAGUGGCAUAGGUAUGACUACCUCCAGACCCUGGGCAAGUUCUACGGUUACGGCAUGGGCAACCCGCUUGGUGCCACGCAGGGAGUGGGAUAUGUAAACGAGCUGCUAGCACGGCUGACCGAGAAGCCGGUCGAUGACCAUACUACCACGAAUCAGACGCUCGACUCCGACCCGGCGACGUUCCCUCUUGAUCGCAAGGUCUAUGCGGACUUCAGCCAUGACAACGACAUGAGUGGGGUCCUGGCUGCCCUUGGAUUGUACAACAACACUCAAUUACUGUCCAAUACGACUAUCCAAGAUACUAAGCAGACCCACGGCUACUCCGCAGCCUGGACGGUGCCUUUUGCGGCGAGAGUGUACGUCGAGAAGCUACAGUGCAAGCGCGACGAGGAGGAGUUCGUCCGCGUCAUUGUAAAUGAUCGUGUUCAAGCUUUGGACUUUUGCGGCGCAGACAAGUAUGGUAGAUGUAAAUUAAGCGAGUUUGUAAAGAGCCAGAGCUUCCCGAGAAGCGGUGGGCUUUGGGAUAGGUGUUAUACGUAG